AUGAUAUUCGUGGUUCUUGUUCUUCAAUUAUUGUUGUGUUCGUUCGCCGAAACUAAACCAAAAUUAACGCAGGAUGAAUUUUUCAAUUAUGUUGAUUAUCCAACUGUCAGUGUUUCUCCAACGGGUGAGUAUUUAUUCUAUGAAGAGAUGAGACCAUCAUGGGAAACGAAUUCCUUUGUACGAAAGUUAUGGUUGUAUGAUAUUCGUCAACAACAAAAACGAUUGAUUACCGCAGAUUCAACAGACUUUUUCUUUCCCAUGUGGUCGCCAAGUGGAAAAUGGAUCACAUUUUUUGUCAAUAAUCAUUUGAUGGCAAAUACCUCUCGACGUUCAUUAGAAAGAUCAGAAACAGCCGACCAGUACAUGUACUUCUAUUCAGUCAGCACAAACAAAAUCAUUCCCGUUCAGAUCCAGAACAUUCAACCAUCAGUUGCAACAUGGUCAAACAGCGAUACAGUUCUCUACAUUGUAGGACCAGGAUUAUCAUCCAGAGAAGAAGAUGAUGCAUAUCGAAAAGAAUGGAAAGAUGUAAUUAAUUAUCGGCAAACUAAACCGGGAGAAGGAAGUACUAUCUAUGAAAUCAAAAUUGAUACAACGGAUUCACUUAUAUCCGCAGAGUUAAGUAUUGUGUACAAUGCAUCUUUGCUAAUCAAUGAACUUUUGUAUGUUUCGUAUGAAGAACAACUUGUUUUCACAUCCAAAAGUAGAGUCUACGAAGAUUUGGAUAACUUCGAGAUUUAUUCGAUUCAUUUGAAUCAACCAUCAUCGUCAUUCUUGAGACUAACUUCUCUGGAGGGAAUUGAGCAAAAUUUACAAUUAUCGAAUGAUGGAAAACAUAUUUUAUUCCGUCUAUGGGCUUUGAGUUCAGGUCGAAUUCAAACGACGCAACGACGACUCUAUUCUUUGGAUUUAAUCACACUACAGAUUGGUCGACUGGGUGCAAAUUUCAAUGGAGUUAUUACAGAAUUUACAAUUAAACCUGACGGCGGAGUGUAUUUUAUCGGACAAUUGGGACUCAAUGUUCAAGUUUAUACUCAAGAAUCGCUGACAGAUGAUGUAAUGUAUCGACAAGGAUGGAAUGGAACGUAUGAACGGUUUUCUUCGCCAUCGAAUCGAACAGGUGGACCGAUUGCAUUCGCUUUUUCGUCACUUGAACGACCCAAAGAAAUUUAUCUAGCGGAAAGUAUUGAUCGACUUGGAUUUGCCAAAACAAUUACAGAUGAAAACCGAUUAUUUACACAGCGUGACUUGCCACACGCAACAGCAUAUCAUUGGAGAAAUACCGAAGACAAUCGCGAAAUAGAAGGAAUUCUACAUUAUCCACCAGGAAAGUUAACUGAGAAAAAUUUACCUCUGCUAGUUCUUAUUCACGGUGGUCCGAAUGCGGCAAGUGUUAAUGAACUUCAAGCUACAUGGAAUUGGGCCACCAUGGCUGCGACGGAAGGUUGGCUCGUUCUUGAACCGAAUUAUCGCGGAUCGACUGGUUAUGGUGACGAAUUUCUUGAUGAGCUUCGUCAUCGUUUACUCUCACUGCCUGGCCAAGACAUUCUCAUGGGAGUCGAUCAGUUGAUUAAAGAUGGAAUUGCUGAUUCACAAAGACUUGCUGUCGGAGGUUAUAGUUACGGCGGAUUUCUAACGAAUUGGCUCAUCACUCAAACGACACGUUUCAAUGCUGCAUUAUCGGGCGCUGGAGGUGCUGAACAUGCUUCAGGUUGGGGAACGAUGGAUUUACCGGUACUUCUGAGUUAUUUACAUGGUGGUUUUCCUUGGCAAGUACCAAAUGUCUACAGUAGUGAGUCUCCCAUUUACCAUAUGAGUAAAGUACGCACACCAACACAUAUUGUUGUCGGAGAAAAUGAUGUGAGAGUUGAUGCAGAUCAAAGUUUUAUAUUGGAACGGUGCCUUCAUUAUCUUGGAGUGCCUGUACAGUUGUUGAUUUUACCAAAGGAAGGUCAUGCAAUUGCAAAUUAUCCUUGGAGUGGGAGAAUUAAAGUUCGGGAAGAACUUAAAUGGUUGCAUCAAUACGGAAAUCAAACAUUACCGAAAGAAUCUGCAGCCAAUAUCAUAUCUUUCUCUUUUACGUUAUUAUCAUUGGUUAUUUGCACGUUUUGUUUUUCAUUUCAGAACUGA